AUGAUUUCCACGCGCUUCCACCAUCCCCAACGCUUAAUCUUAGCUGUCUUGGUGCUGUCGGGUCUCUGUUCCAAAUUAUUGCACAUAUACCAACACCGCUCGUUGCCCCUAUAUCUGCUCGCGUUAUAUUUCCCUACUUUCUUUAUCGAAGAGGCUUUUCUCUUUGGCUUAGUAUGGCUUUUAUUGUAUACAACCUCCGGUCGGUGGUCGGUGGCUGCAAUUGUCAUCUCCGCUAUUCUCGCGUUCGUUUACCGUUCCUCUUUUAGUCCAAUUACCAAGCGCGAUUCAACGGCAUCGCAGGUCAGUUUCUAUUCUUCAACCGGAAGCGAGAUUCGAUGGGAUGCUGCCCGCUCGGUGGGUGCCAGUCGCCAAGGAAUGAAAUUGAUCUUGAGUGGCAUGGCGACUAUGGUCGCCGCGGCGACUGUUAUCGGCGUUGCAUCGUGGCUUUCGGCCCAGGGAAUCUGGACUUUGAUGAGCCGGUGGCUAUGCGCCUUGUUGAAUAUUAGAGGCGACACCAAGACAACGCCUGCGCAACAGUCUGGGCCUUCGGAUUUGAGGAGUCUAUACUACAAUAGAUCUCGCUUUUGGACGCUUGUUGGAUGUGGUGUGACUCUCGGAUUGUGGCUCAUUCGACCGGCUAUACCGUAUAAUCAUAUGACCGGGGCACUUCCGUUCGUCAUGCUUGGUGAAGGCUCUCGUGCCCGUCAAAUUACUGUCGGCUCGUUCCCUCUGCCGGAAUUAUUGGGUCCGGAAUUCCACGAAGCUGCCAAUGGCCAUUAUAAAGGAUGGGCGCCGACAAUGGACGACGAGGGUAAUCGGGGGUACGGCAAAGAUAAGCCUGCUUGGGCGCAGGGUCCUUUGCCUCUCGCGUUCGAGAGAUGGAUUGUCAAUUCUGAAGCUAAGUUGACUGGGGUUACGGAUACAUCUCGAACGCAGAUUUUCGAAAAAGAGAAUCCUGGCAACCGGAAUAAGACGAUCGAACCACGACAAUACUUCUAUAACCCUAGCCAGGAUCCCAUGCGCAUCACCAACCUCGAUCUGGGUCCACUUGAACCUCUGCAGGAGGCAUUGAAAGACCAUGCCAUCCCGAUCAACCAUAUCGUCUUUGUGUUUUUGGAAAGUGGCCGGAAGGAUCUUUUCCCUCUGAAGACCGACUCUCGUCUUUACGAACAGAUCCGUGAAACAUACGACAUCUACUCGGAUGAAGAUGUAGAGGAUUUACAUGACAAGCUGUCUUUGAUCACUCCAUUCGCAGAAAUGCUCACUGGAGAAGAAUCCGGGUUUGGUCAAUCUAAAGGUAUAGACACGGAACGCGGAGGUAUCAGCUUCGACGGGAUAUUGUCUGGGAGCAGUCUCAGCGCCAAAUCUCGUCUCGUCAACUACUGCGGUCUAGGUCCAUUACCGGUGGACUUUAUGCACGAGAAUGAUAUCAUUCCCUAUCAGCCGUGUCUGAUGCACAUUAUGGAUCUAUUCAAUCAGCGCAAAAACGCCUCAUCCCGCUCUGAAAAUUCCACCAAUGAUCCCCGCGAGCGUGAAUGGCAGACCCUUUACGCGCAGUCUGUUACUGGAGGUUUCCAGGACCAAACUGAGCUCAUGGACUUGCUUGGUUUCAAUCAAUCCUUGUACUCCGAAGACAUCGACUUUGACAAUGCGAAGUAUUACCACGAUGACAUGGAGAAGAUUAACUACUUCGGCUACGCCGAAACCGAAAUCGGUCCUUACAUCAGAGACAUGAUCAACGAGACCCUGUCUCAGAAUAAGAGACUCUUCCUCUCCCAUUUUACCAGUACCACCCACCACCCCUGGGGUACGCCCGAAGGCUACCGCCGCGAAAAUUACUUCGGAAACAAACAACACUCACAGCACGAAGCAAUGGACAACUUCCUCAACGCAAACAGCUUCGUCGACGCCUGGCUCGAAGAGCUAAUGGAAAUGCUCACGGAAGCCGGCAUCGCCAACGAAACCCUAACAGUCUUCGUUGGAGAUCACGGCCAAGCCUUCCGAGAAGACAGCCCAGUGACAGGAACCUACCAAAACCCCCACAUAUCCAACUUCCGCGUGCCACUCCUAUUCCACCACCCCCUCCUACCACGCUUACACCUCAACGUGAACGGCAGCGCCAUGUCAAUCCUCCCAACAAUCCUCGACCUCCUAAUAACAACAUCCUCCCUAAACGAAGCAGACACGACAAUCGCCCAAGAUCUAAUAAACGAAUACGAAGGCCAAUCCCUCAUCCGCCCAUACCGCACUUCCCACAACGGCCGCGAAGCAUGGAACAUGGGCGUUAUCAAUGCCGGCGGGACGAUACUUAGCGUUGGAUCGGCUGCUGUGCCGUGGCGGUUGAAUCUGCCGUUGAGUAACGAUUUCGAGUAUCGAUUUACAGACUUGCAGAGCGAUCCGUUUGAGUUGAAGCCUGCUACGGCUUGGUCUAUGGGAGGUCUUGCUGCGGAGGUUUAUUCCAGGUUUGGGGCUGAGGCUGUGGAUUGGAUGAUGAAGGCGGAGAAGGUUGGGCUUUGGUGGGUUACUGAGCGGAAGAAGUUGUGGAAUUAUGAGGAUGAGGAGGAAUAG